AUGGAACACCUAUCACCAGUCGGUUUUAUGUACGUAGGAAAUAUCGAAAGUCGCUGGCUUGCGAAAAGUUUCUAAAGUCUCUCAAAGGCACUCAUUCCACUCUACAGAGAGAACUCUUGAAAAUAUCAGAGAGGUAACUUUUUGUAGAUUUUUUUGCUCGACGAAACCAACUCUGGGGGAAAUUUGACAUAGGAAGCAACUUAUUGUGCUUUUAUCGUCCCUCUUCCCAUUUCUAUGAAUUUUUUAUUCAAAAAAUGAGAGCUCAAUUAGAAAUCGCCUUUUUCCCACUACUGUAAAGUUGCGACACCUAUACAAACUGGGUGUUGCAACAAACAAAAAUUACAGUAAUUUUAUAUUCAUAGGUGCUUGUUAAUAUAUAUAUAUAUAUAUAUAGGCGCUUCUUAAUACUGCUUAAUGAGGAGUUACGCAAACUCUCAUCCGCGGAUCGAUGAAAUUUUGAUUAGACGUUGAUAGACGUGAUUAGGGGAACUUGAAAAAAGGUUAUCCUACAGAACCUCAUAACGGACUAAAAAUGACCCUGUCAAAAGUAAGCAGAAAAGGAUUGAGUUUUUUCUUUCAUUUUUUUCGAAAUCUAUGGGGUUCAGCAGAUAUUUUUUUCGAUUUAUUAUAUUUUUAUCUAACCAGGAAAAUUUUUUUCCUCCCCGGUUGAACUUUUGCUGAAACUUCGCUGAAGUGUACUUUAGAACUUCCUGAUUGCAGAACAAGAAAAAGAAAUCUCGCAAUAGAUCUUGUUUCCGAGUUAUGGAGCUCAAAGUCCGCAAAAUACCCAAAUUAUGACAAAAACGCGGUAUUUUGUCAUAAUUUGGGUAUUUUGAAGUGUCCUAACUCUAAAACGAGAUCUAUCGCGGAAAAUUUUUGUCUUGUUCUGCAAUCAGGAGGUUCUAAAGUACACUACACCGAAGUUUCAUCAAAAGCUCAACCGGGGGUAAAAAACGUUCCCUAGUAAGUCUAUCAAUUGCCAGCGUUUCAACUCGAUUUGCGCAGUAAUCCACGUAGUUUAAUUGAUGAAUUCAGUUCCGGACUUAUCCAUUUUUUUCCUACUUUUCUGGUUUAGGUUAACAUUCCUUUGAGCGAAUCGAGAAGAAAUUGUUCAUUUUGCGAUAUUUCCAAGUGUGCGCCUCUCCCUUUCUGCUACAUCACCAAGCGCAACGGUUUCGGUGAGAACUUCUCCGUCUUUUGAUCUUCUAAUCAGUAAGCAGUUCUUUUUCAAGUUUUGAGUGAACACUGUGCCGACGAGUCGCAACUUUCGUCGCUGGUCGACUUCCUCUGGCAGACGAAUCCCCGAAAGUUCUGCCAGCCCUUCACCUCGGACCUCAGCCUCUCUUACUGCUGGUGCUCCGAAAACAAUUCAACGUUAGUUUGAGCCUCAGAAAGCAAGAUAUACGUUCGAAACAGAGAAACGUUGGAAGAAGUCUUGUCAAGGACCAGGUUGUGGCGUUACCAAUCUCUCAUAAUCCACGCCGAAAACUCGAACUCUUCGUCAUGCCAAUGGAGCAUUUUCUUCAUAUUCUUUUUGGUUAGGUUAGUUCUCUCACCAGUACUACAUCUUCAGCAGGCAUGUGCGUCAGGCCGGGCGGCCCGGGUUUCGGGCUUAAAACUUCAGAAAAGGCCCGCGCGGGCUCGGGCCAGGCCGGGCUUCGAAAGAAAUCUUAA